UAUUAUUAUUAUUAAUUAUUAUUAUUAUUAUUAAUUACACAUUUUAUAGGAUGCUCUAUUGUAUAUCGACUCUCUUCGAGAAGAUUUACUAACACAGCAGGGCCUUUUCGCAGUGGACAUAUUAAAAAUUUUCAAAAGUGUUGUCUUUGAGGACAUGGAAUUUAUUUUCCAAAGCAAAGGGGAUAUUAUAAAGGCGAUCAAAAUAAAUCCAAACUGUAAAGCAGUAGCCCGCGAGAUUAUAGAUUUAUUGGAUUGGCAGAGUGAAGAGUUAAAUGAGGCACUCAGCUACGAGCCUAGCGAUUAUGAUUGGAGCGACGAGGACGAUGCUUUAGACGUUAUCUUCCAAAAAUACCGUCAAGAAUCCAACAAGAAAAAAAAACAAAAAUACCUCCAAAAAUUUGCAAAAGGCGUCGAAGGAAACUCUUCUGAUGUCCUGUCAUACGUGGAUACUCUCAAAGAAGACCUCUUAUUGGACGAUGGGAAAUACGCAGACCUCAUUGUCGCUAUAUUUGUGCCUCUUGCCUUUAUUGAUCCUGAAUUUUUAUACUAUUCCAAAGACGCUCUUGUCACUGCUGCUCAGCUAAACGCGACAGCUAAGAAACCGCUAAAGAAAAUCGCUACACUCCUCGAGUGGAAAGACGAAAAGGUGAGAAUAUGA